GUCUACCUCUCCCUCCCUCCCUCUCUCCCUCACCCCACUCACUCAUAGAGAGAGAGAAAGGGGGGUUUUCACUCUAGCGCGGGUCUCAUGAGCGCAGGUCGAUUUGCAGUGCGGUGAAAAUGCGGCGGUCGCUGCUGCGGCUCCUCCGAGACGUUUCCUCUUGAAACGCUUCUUCUCCGGGACGGUGUGAGCGGGUGACCCGGCACUAUGGGUGCCGUUUGGAUGGCGAGGCGCCUCUGUUUGUUGCUUUUGCUGCUCCUAAACUGUUCGCUCGCGCUUCCUCACCUCGCCGGUGUGGAUCAGUGCGCGGAUGGAAGCGAUGCGUGUCACAUUGACGCGAUUUGUCAAAACACCCCGACGUCCUACAAGUGCACAUGCAGACCGGGCUUUAGAGGAGAUGGAGAACAUUGUGAAGACAUUGACGAAUGUGAUUCAGAGCAUAACGGCGGCUGCGUACAUGAGUGCAACAACAUACCUGGCAAUUACCGCUGCACGUGCCACGAUGGAUUCAGUUUAGCACAUGAUGGACACAACUGUCUUGAUGUGGAUGAGUGUCUCUUUAACAAUGGUGGCUGUCAGCAUGUAUGUGUCAACACCAUGGGUAGCUAUGAGUGCCGCUGCAAGGAUGGCUUCUUCUUAAGUGACAAUCAGCACACAUGCAUCCAUCGCUCUGUGGAAGGUCUGAGCUGCAUGAACAAAGAGCAUGGCUGUGCCCAUAUCUGCAGAGAGACGCCCAAAGGUGGAGUGCUCUGUGAAUGUCGUCCAGGAUUUGAGCUGGCCAAGAACCAGCGUGACUGCAUGUUGACCUGUAACCAUGGCAACGGUGGGUGCCAACACAUCUGUGAAGACACAGAGCAAGGGCCAGUGUGCAGGUGUCACGGCAGGUACUCCCUGCAGUCCGACGGCCGCUCCUGUGUAGAAAGAGAGGAAGCGGCCGCCACCACGUCUGACCACAAUGUCACUUCCCUCGCUGAUGUGGACAAACGUGUCAAGCGGCGCUUACUCAUGGAGACUUGUGCUGUGAACAACGGAGGCUGUGACAGCACAUGCAAAGACACGUCCACGGGUGUUCGCUGCAGCUGUCCUGUGGGCUUCACUCUCCAACCGGACGGCAAAACCUGCAAAGACAUAGAUGAGUGUGAAUUUCACAAUGGAGGCUGCGACCACUUCUGCAGGAAUACCAUUGGCAGCUUUGAGUGUAGCUGCCGCAAAGGCUUCAAACUGCUGACGGAUGAGCGAUUGUGCCAGGAUAUCGACGAGUGCUUCUUUGAGAGGACCUGUGACCAUACUUGUGUGAACUCCCCUGGGAGCUUUCAGUGCGUGUGCAAUAAGGGCUACACACUCUAUGGGCUUGCACGCUGUGGAGACAUAAAUGAAUGCAGCGUGAACAACGGAGGGUGCAGGCACACUUGUGAGAACACCAUGGGGGGCUUCCAAUGUCACUGCCAUGCCGGCUACAGGCUGCACUGGAACAAGAAGGACUGUGUUGAAGCAGAUGGGUUUCCAGCAGAGGCAGCCUUGGCCAAACCCACACUGAACUGCAGCAAGCAUGGAGGGGCUGAGCAUUGCUACCUCACCUGCCAGUCGCAGGUUAACAUCAGCAGUGGGACAGAGGAUUCUUAUACAGUGACCUGUGGGCUGCCCUUGCCAGGUGUAUCUGGUGGACAGUGGAAUGACAGUGGCACUCAUUGUCUUGGGUCAGACGCUGCCUGUGGCCACAGGAUCAAAACAGUAGCUACUUUUAAAUCUGGCCCGGGGAAGUGCAGCCUGAAACGGAGUCAGGACAAGUUCACUGAGAGUUUCAACACAGCUCUGACAGAUAAAAGGCCCUUGCCUACAGAGAAUGUGCAGUUUAGCUUUGUGAGGCUGCACUGCAGCUCCUCAGGCCGAAGGCAGCGUAGUCGGCAUGGGCGAAAGGCGGGCGAGGAUGAGGGCUCGUCCAUCACCGCCCAGUUUGAACUGGAUGUGAACCUAGAGGAGGUAACAGCAGAGGGCUGUGACCUGGCUUGUGUGAGGCGGCGUUCCGAGAAGCGUCUAAAAAAGACCAUCCGGACUCUACGCAAAUCCAUCAACAGAGAGCAGUUCCACCUGCACUUCGCCGGCUCAGAGUAUGAACUGGCUAAGAAACUGCCCCAGCCUGUGGACACAUCCGAGCACUGUGGCACUGGACAAACACUAGUCAACAAGAAGUGUGUGAGCUGCAGUGUUGGAACAUACUAUGACACCAACCAGGGGAGGUGUGUCUCCUGUCCAGCCGGGACGUACCAAGAUGAGGAAGGACAAGUGUCAUGUGAGGUGUGCCCAGGUCCGGAGGACGGCAGGACCACCCCGAGAGCUACAGGAGCCCGGAGCAUCGCAGAGUGUGGAGGGCAAUGCUCCCCUGGGCAGUUCUCUCCUGACGGCUUUGUGCCCUGUCGGCCCUGCUCCCGAGGCACCUACCAGCCGGAAAUGGGUCGCACCUUCUGUUUCCCAUGUGGUGGGAAUCUCAUAACCAAGCAUGAUGGUGCAGUGUCCUUCCAGGCCUGCGAGACCAAAGUGCAGUGUUCUCCUGGGCACUACUACAACACCAGCACUCAUCGCUGCAUUCGCUGCCCUGUGGGGACAUACCAGGUGGAGUUUGGCCAGAACUACUGUGUGGCCUGUCCUGGAAACACCACCACUGACUUUGAUGGUUCAACCAACAUCACGCAGUGCAAAAACAGGCACUGUGGAGGGGAGCUUGGAGACUACACCGGCUACAUCGAGUCACCCAACUACCCUGGUGACUACCCAGCCAACAUCGAGUGCACCUGGAUUAUCAAUCCACCUCCUAAGCGCAGGAUCCUCAUCGUGGUCCCUGAGAUCUUCCUCCCCAUGGAGGAUGAGUGUGGGGACUACUUGGUCAUGCGGAAGAGCUCUCUUCCAAAUUCAGUGACAACGUAUGAGACUUGUCAGACAUACGAGCGACCCAUUGCUUUCACCUCACGCUCCAAGAAGCUGUGGAUCCAGUUCAGGUCCAAUGAGGGCAACAGUGGGAAAGGCUUCCAGGUGCCUUAUGUAACAUAUGAUGAGGACUACCAGGAGCUCAUUGAGGACAUAGUCCGGGAUGGAAGACUAUACGCCUCUGAAAACCAUCAGGAAAUUCUAAAGGAUAAGAAACUAAUGAAGUGUCUCUUUGAUGUUCUGGCUCAUCCACAAAACUUCUUCAAUUACACGGCUCAAGAAUCCAGAGAGAUGUUCCCAAAAUCAUUUAUCAAAUUCCUUCGCUCCAAGGUUCUGCGAUUUUUGCGUCCUUAAAAAUAAUCUGCAGAAAACUCUUUAUGGAGUCACUAUACAGCCGAAAUACUGAAAUACGAACCUGGAAAAAUAAAUCCAAAUCGUCUCGGCUGUAUGAAGACUGGAGCGUACGCCUUGGAGUCAGAAGACAAACGAGUGGUAUCCAAAGAGGUUUUUUUCCCCUAAUGACCUUAUUGGGAUAUUUUGCCACAUGGAAAUGAACUUUACUUCCUUUGAAUGAAUUGGUAGCUGCCACUGUUGCUGUAAGGAUGAGAUACAGUGUGAUGCUGUGAUGCUACUUCACAUUCCAAACCAUCUAGACCUAUAUCUACAAUAUGUAUGUGGGUAUGAGAGCACAAAUCUCACAGAAAGACUGAUAUAUUUCUGUGACAGAAAAUCUUACUCAAAGCUGUCUUGGACAUCAAAAUGCUUUUGUUCUUCACAAUCAUAUUGGAAUCAUAUGCAGAUAAUUGCUUUAAAGAUAGCAGAACUUUUUCAAACUCAACCUACUGCAUUUGUAAUCUUCUGAAAAUCAAUCCACAAUGCUUAUCCGGAUGCAUGCAUUCACAAUUGCAUAUAUUGGCAAGAGCAUUGGCAUUGACAAAUAUGUAGAAGAAAAAUAUCGGCUGAAGGCCCAAAAUUCCCAUAUCAAUGCAUCCCUACUUCUCAACUCAACGAAACAAGCUAAAACCAUUCCUGCACCACAUGAUUGUUCAUUCCCUAAUUUGUGAAAUUACAUAAACAGUACAUGCCAGUCAUGUUGGUACUAAGAAAUAAAGGAGAUCUUCUCUGUUGCUUGUUGAGAUGAGUUGUAUAUGAGAUAUAUAUAUGUAGUACAUAUCACCUUAUUUUUAAUCUUCAAAGCACUACCAGAGAAAAUGUAGUGGCAGUUAAAGCAUUUAUGAUUUGAAUUGUUGUAUAUUAUGUAAAAAGGUAUUAGACUCAGUUAAACUCUCAUGGUGUUGUAUUUCUUCAUUGUAUGGUGGCCCGAACCCUGAUUGCCACCCUGGUAGAGAGUCUGUAUGCUUCACUUGUCCACAGUAAUAAAUGUGUUAAAAUAUGCAGUUUUUUCCAGGUCAGCAAUUCUGGACAGCACUGGUUGUUGAGUAACUUGUCUAACGAAAGAAUGGCUUUGUGCUUUCUCUGGAAUAUUAAGGGCCAGUUUCCCAUACAUGAAUUAGACCUAGUAUUGAAAGUUCAAGUGUUGAAUAACCACUGAAAAGUCUCUUUAAUUUAGGCUCAGGCUUAAUCUUUAGUCCGGAAAACCGGUGCACACAUAAUUUUACAGAUUUGCAAAUUGAUUGAUCAGUUCUGGGAAUUCUGCAAUACCUUUUGACUACAGGACUUUGAGCUAGGAUUACUUACUCAUUUGUUAUAGAGAUUAAAUUAAAGUCUAUAUUUUUAUGUCUGUACAUCUAACAUGUAAAUAAAUACAAAUAAACUCUG